UCCCUUCUGCAGCUGCAAGUGUUUCCUGUGCAGUGAAGUAAAAAUGGCGACUCCCAUGGAACUGAGCUGCUGGGGAGGAGACUGGGGUCUGCCUUCUAUUCACACUGACUCUCUAAUUGUCAUGGCAUAUGCCAAAUUUUCUGGGGCUGAGCUGAAAAUCCAGACUAUUGAUUGGACGUGGAAGACAUUAACAGGGACUGUACCAGCAUUGAACUUGGAAGAUGCUGUUGUGACCAAACCUGCACACAUUGUGAACUAUUUAAGGAAACAGAAAUACAAUGUUGACUACGACUUAACAGCUAAGCAGGGAGCCGACACUCUGGCCUAUAUUGCACUACUGGAGGAGAAGCUGCACCCAGCCCUGCUGCACACUUUCUGGGUUGAUGCUGAAAACUACUCCAGUGUAACCAGGCCAUGGUUUGCUUCCAGAACCCCGUUUCCAUUGAACUUUUACCUGCCAUGUAGGCAAUCCAGUGCAGCGCUAAACCGGAUUCUUCUGACCAAAGGGGAACCUCCAUUGCAUAGCAUCACUGAAGUCGAGGCAAAGAUUUACAGUGAUGCCAAGGAGUGCCUAAAUCUUCUAUCGCACAGACUGGGGACAUCCCAGUACUUCUUUGGGAACAAGCCUACCAGCCUGGAUGCCUUUGUGUUUGGAUUCCUUGCACCUCUGCAUAAAGCACAUCUCCCCAGUGGGCAGCUUCAGCAGCACCUCAAACAGCUCCCCAGCCUGGCUCACUUCUGUGACAAUAUUAUCAGCACCUACUUCGUUCAGAACGACUCGGGCUUGUCUCCCGCUGGCCAGGACACAGUAGAUGCAAAUCUGCAGAAACUGACGCAGCUUGUAAAUAAGGAGUCCAACUUAAUAGAAAAGAUGGAUGACAAUCUCCGCAGCAGUCCUCAGCACAGACCGAGACGGUUGACUAAUUUGAAAGCCUCCCUUGUAGCUGAGGAAAGCAUCUCCUCAACACCUGCCUGACUGUGAACAGCUCUGCCUUUGUUUCAGGAUUCCGAUGAUAGAAUAUCAGUGCAGCCUCGGACCUGAGGAAGCAUGAUUGUAGAUCCCAACACCCUGAUCUCAGCAGAGAGGACUCGCCCUGAACUCGAUCCUACUGGGGGAAGCCUGGCAGCUCAAAACAAACAGCAGUCUUAAUCCAACUAGUGUUUCAGAUAUCUCUGUACAGCAUGCUUCAAAGAUCAACUUAACAUAACAUACAGGCAGAUGUGUAGCUUUGUUUUACUGGUCUGGAUCAGAGAAGGUUAAUGAGUUUGAUCCAGUGGCAGAAUCUAUAUGCUGUUUGUAGGAACAUUUUUGCAGUUUCACAGAUAACAUUUGUUAAUUUAAUCAAAGCUUCAAUUAUUUUCAUAGUAUAACUAUGAUUUAAAAUGAAUGUAUGGAGCCAAGUGAUAUGUUUCUGGGAUCCACAUAUUUCUCACACAUUUUUAUGGUUUAAUAAGUUUUUGUCUAGUCUUGUUUUGUUUGCCUUAUAGCCCAAUUUCUAGCCUCAACACACAUGGGUUCAGGAACCUCUCUCCUCAGUUAGCUUGAUCCUGAGUCUGCAGUUCUCCACUCCGAGGCCCGGUACGUUGGGUGGGUCUGUCCAUUGUCAGGAUCACACAAUUUGCAACUUCAUCUCAGUAGAAAGCCAUCAUAGAUGUUUUUUUUUAAGAUAGCUGAUGGACCAUUUUGCACACGUUCAGGUUGGCUGCUGGACCAUUUUGCACACGUUCAGGUUGGCUGAUGGACCAUUUUGCACGCUGUACAUAUUGAGAAGCAUGAAUAUGACCCGACACUCCUUCCCUGAAAGGUCAUGUGUGAUACAGUGUCUGGCAUGAUGGAAUGUGUAGCUCUUUAGUUUUAUUCUGUGUCAUUGAAGGCGUUCUGUAUGAAGGAGUCAGGAAGCUGUUUGUUGCUUUUCAGGUAACUUGGAAGAAAGAUUUGAUUAUGCUACACAAAUCUGAUCGGGACAAGGAAGUGCCUUGGCUGUUUCCAUGGAUAUUCUGCCUUCAUUGUCAGAAAGUGAAGACUUUAUUAUUUGAUUAAGCAACUCUGGGGAGUAUCUUGCACUGGAAUUCACCCUCCUGUCACUAAUGUUUGAAGCACAAUAUGGAAUCCACAAAGUGAUGCUGAUUUCUCAAAUCUGCCUUUUUGUUCAACAAACUGUGGACAGAUAUACUGAACCUUCGAACUGAAGUAUUAGACACUGCUAGGCUCAUAAGGUUUGUAAGAACUGGAUUAUUCAAGAUAAAUAUCUUAAGUGUUAAGCAAACUCAAAUUAAAACAUUGAGUCUCAAGACAGUCCGUUCCACAAAGUAUAUUUACAUCAAACUACUAUAGGGCAAAGUUCUCUAUUUUUUUAUUUUUGUUUUGUGGCGGGGGAGGGUUACCAGUAUAUUUUUUUACCCUGCAGAAUUAUUGUAGCAUUGAAUCAACUAAUUUACCUCAGAACUAGAAUGUACUGCAAAUUAAUGACUAGAUCACACUAUUCUUGUAAUUCAGGAGUAGGGCUGUUUGAAUUUCAAGUAAUAGUCAUUACAUAAUCUUUACUACAGAUUGGAAUGUAAAGCAUACUGUAUGUACAUUGGCUGUAUGAUUUGAUCUGCAACAUUAGAUACAGAAAAACGCUUGACCUUACUCUAUGGAUGGAACUAUUCUUGUUAGAUCAAUUGAUCAUUUUAUAUGACGUAUCUAUAUAUCAGUAACCCAUCCAUUGUUGCAUGUUUAAGCACUGUAUUUUCUUAUAAUACUUUUUCAUUUUCAAUAACAUUUGGUUAGCUUAUGAAAAUAUGUGGCCCUGAAAAGUAAAAACAUAUUUCUGGUGCCCAAGUCAUGAACGCUGAUUGUGCAGAGCAACUUCAUAUUCAUAAUCGUGAACGCUGAUUGUGCAAAGCAACUUCAUAUUCAUAAUCGUGAACACUGAUUGUACAAAGCAGCUCCAUAUUCGUAAUCGUGAACGCUGAUUGUGCAAAGCAACUUCAUAUAAUCGUGAACGCUGAUUGUGCAAAGCAACUUCAUAUUCAUAAUCGUGAACGCUGAUUGUGCAAAGCAGCUCCAUAUUCAUAAUCGUGAACGCUGAUUGUGCAAAGCAACUUCAUAUAGUCGUGAACGCUGAUUGUGCAAAGCAACUUCAUAUUCAUAAUCGUGAACGCUGGUUGUGCAAAGCAAUUUCAUAUUCAUAAUCGUGAACGCUGAUUGUGCAAAGCAACUCCAUAUUCAUAAUCGUGAACGCUGAUUGUGCAAAGCUCAAUAUUCAUAAUCGUGAACGCUGAUUGUGCAAAGCAACUUCAUAUUCAUAAUCGUGAACACUGAUUGUGCAAAGCAGCUCCAUAUUCAUAAUUGUGAACGCUGAUUGUACAAAGCAAUUCCAUAUUGAACUCUGCUAUGAAGCCCUAUGGUUCUUGAGUUAUCUUAAGAACUGCUUGUAUAGUUGUGAGGAAACUUGCAAAAGGCCACUGUCUUCUCACGAGCGUAAGGGAAUGUAUGCAUAGGUACAUCAUGACUUUCUGAGCCCUGGCUUUAUAUAUAUACAACUAAUAACAAAAUACCAGGCAGAGUGCAAUAUGUAAAUUAGUGCUCGUUACUUUUAAUGCAGUACACAUGCACUGGUCAGUAGUGUAAUCUUUAUAUAAUAGUCUUGCUAGCUACAGUAAGGAACAGUCUGCUAAUCCUGGUACUUUUUAUGGCAUUGGCAAUAGCAGCCCAUGGGACAAAGUCUGCUUGCCUGGUAUUUUGUCCACUCUUUGGAGAGCAUUAAAAUAAAUAGUUUGGAUUGAACAAAGUCCCAGUCGUCAUGAAUUCCUUCCUUCUGCAGGGGAGAUAUGUGUGCAGUGGUACAUCUUAUUACUACUAGACAGAAACAUAGUAUGAUUCAGUAAUGAAUGUCCUUCUUGCUGCCUUAUGAAUGAUCACGUUGUGAUUUAGUCAUUGAGCAGUUUGUGUUCUUCAGCAAUGCAUGCACUUCAUAUUCUUUGGUUGCAUUUCCAGAUUUAGUUUUAGUUGUGUGUGUGUUUGUGUGUGUUGGUUCCUCACUCAUAAUAGUAAUAAUACUAAUAAUCUCAUACUUGAAUAACAAUAAUAGUAAAUUGUUAUUAUUGGGUUUGAAUGCUUAUUGUUUUCCUUUGUUAGCAGUUAUGUCUAUGUUAAUAGAGAGGUCGUUUUGGGAUUGUACAUAUUUGAGGUCUGAAUCCUUUUACAGGAAGUACAUUGUGGUUUGCUGAAAGGCUAGCCUCCGAUACAUCAGGUGUUUUAACCAGGUUCUGAGCAUGUGCUUCUGUUUCCUCUUGCUCUUUUUCCAAAUAUAUUGGGAGGAGUUGUGUCCUGUAUGUAGUAAAAGGUGUUUCAGUCUAUGGAAUGCGUUGAAUUCUGUCAAUAAAGAGCAAGGCAAGGUGAAGAAUUUCUGCUCUUAAUAUGUUUAAUGCUAUACUUUUAACAAACAAAUAACUUCCUAAGCACAUUGUGUGUGACUGACUAACCUAUAAGAAAUAACAAUAAAAAAAAAACAAACAUACAAAAUGAAUUGUCAACUGCUUUGAAUUCUAUUUAUUGAAGGUGUUUUGGACAG